AUGAGACCGACAUCUAGACGAUCUAGUUCGUCUAAGACCAAUAGUACAACGACUCAUGGACUAUGUGACAUUGCUAUUAUCGGCCUCUCCUUCCUACUGCCAGAGGCCAACUCUACGGAAUCGUUCUGGGACCUUUUAAUAUCUGGUAAAUGUGUAGCCUCCGAGUUUCCUCCGGAACGUCUUUGUAAUUCUAGACAUCACGAUGGUGGCAAUGAUGGAACAGGAACCAUUCGGCCCCAGAAAGCUUCUUUUAUACGAAGAAACAUCAGUUCAUUCGAUGCCCGGUUCUUUAUGAUGACGUCCGAGGAAGCAGCAGCAAUGGACCCCCAGCAAAGAAUACUUCUGGAAACUACUUACCGUGCUCUUGAGAAUGCCGGGAUUCCGAUGGCGAUGAUCAAUAACUCAGAUACGUCUGUGCACACCGGCUGCUUUACUACAGACUAUGCUCUGAACUAUGCAAAGGACCCGGAUAACUUGCCUAAAUAUGCUGCUACUGGAAUGGCGGGUAGUAUGUUGUCCAAUAGGAUCAGCACAUUUUUCGGCUUGACAGGCCCCAGCAUUACUGUCGAUACUGCCUGCUCUAGUAGCCUCGUAGCUUUAGAUUUAGCUUGCCAAUCUAUAAUAGAUGGUCGAUCAAAGAUGGGCAUUGUCGCUGGCUGCAACCUUUUAUUGACAACUGAUCUUUUCAUAAGUCUUUCUAACCUCGGCUUCCUAUCCCCGGAUGGCGUAUGCCACAGCUUCGAUUCUCGAGCGAAUGGAUACGGUCGAGGCGAAGGGUUUGGUGUCCUCAUCAUAAAACCCGUAGACGCAGCUGUACGAGAUGGCGAUAUAAUUCGUGCUGUGAUUCGGGCCGUAGGCACGAAUCAAAAUGGGCAUACUAAUCUUGCACAACCAAACAAGGAAAUGCAAAGACAGCUUAUACAGAAUACAUAUCACAAGGCAAACCUCGAUAUGUCCCAAACGCGAUACUUCGAAGCUCAUGGCACUGGGACAGCUUCAGGAGAUCCUUUAGAAGCAAGCGCCAUCGGAGAUGCAUUUCGUUCAGGUAGAGAUCCAAGUAAUCCCUUGGUUGUAGGGGCCGUGAAAGCAAAUAUCGGACACCUCGAAGGUGCAGCAGGAAUUGCCGGAGUAAUCAAAACCAUUCUGAUUCUAGAAAAUGGUAUCAUUCCUCCCGUAGCAGAGCUCGAAAACAUCAAUGAAAAUAUUGAUACUGAGUUUCUAAACUUAAAGGUACAUGACGCCAGCGCACUAUCAGCGAAUUUUGUUACGGCUUACCAUUCACUCGUUGUCGUUGCGAAACUUAGUCAAGGAGAAUCAAUUCUCAUACAUUCCGGUGCAGGUGGAACAGGGCAAGCGGCUAUUCAAAUCGCCAAAACGUGCGGCGCGCAAGUCUUCACGACAGUGAGCUCACCCAAAAAGGAGCUUAUUAAUACUCUAUACGAUAUCCCUAUGGAUAAUAUCCUCAACAGUAGGGAUCUCUCCUUUGCCGAUGGGAUUCGGCGUCUCACACGGAAUAGGGGUGUCGAUGUUGUGCUCAACUCGUUGGCGGGUGAUGCUCUAAUUGCUUCAUGGGAAUGUGUUGCCUCCUUUGGGAGAUUCAUUGAAAUCGGAAAGAAAGAUAUAUUCUCUCACAACAAGCUACCGAUGUUUCAAUUCGCUCGGAACGUAUCAUUUAGCGCCGUUGACAUAGCAGCUAUGGUUCGAGAAAAGCCGAAACUCAUACGAGAUUCUUUGGUGGCCAUUUCCGAUCUCUUCAACAAAGGCGUUUUACAGCUACCCUCGCCAGUAAAAGCGUUCCCUAUAUCCCAAGUAGAAGCCGCCUUUCGCUAUCUUCAAACCGGUGCCAACUCCGGAAAAGUCGUUGUCGAGGUUGACCCGAACGAUAGUGUCUUGGCAGCGGUUACUCAUAUAUCGAGCUGGACAUUCAGCCAAGACGAGACGUUCGUGAUUGCUGGUGGUCUCGGCGGACAAGGCAGAAGUAUCUCCAAGUGGAUGGUUUCAAAAGGGGCUAGAAAUCUCGUCUUACUAUCCCGCGCGGGACCGCGAGACGACAAUUCGGUAGGCUUCAUACGAAGUCUAGAGAAAAAGGGGGCAACAGUUUAUACGCCUCCGUGCGAUAUCUCCGAAGCAGCAUCUUUGGGCGCAGUGAUUGAUUAUUGCAAACUCCAUAUGCCGCCGAUUAAGGGGUGCAUUCAAGCAGCAAUGGAUAUUAGAGACUCCAUAUUCGAGAAUAUGAGCCACGAAGCUUGGACUGCAUCUCUAAAGCCGAAGAUCCGUGGGUCGUGGAACCUACAUCAACUACUACCACGGGACUUGGACUUUUUUAUCAUGUUCUCGUCUAUAUCUGGCAUCAUUGGGUCCCAAGGGCAGUCAAAUUAUGCGGUCGGCAAUACAUUCCAAGAUGAGCUGGCCAAAUACCGAUUGAGUCGAGGAGAAAAGGUGAUAUCUUUAGAUCUCGGUAUUCUUAGCGGCGACGGAUAUCUUGCGGAAAACCAGGACUUUCUGAUCCGAUUUGCUAAAAUCAAGCAAAUGUUGCCAAUCGACGAGGCCGAGGUCCUAGCUCUCCUCGAACAUUUCUGCGAUAAAUCUCUUCCACUUGAUCCGACGCGGUCCCAGCUUGUUCUUGGUCUCGACCUGCCCCAAAACAUCAUAAGUCGUGGCCUGGAACCGUCAAGUUGGACAUACGAACCAAUGUUCGCAAAUCUUCAACAGAUGACAACAGCUACCCCUAUUUCUACCGAUGCUGAUGCCACGACCGACAACGGUUCUAAGUUAGCCGAGAAAGUAGCUGCUUCAGAAUCGCUAAGCGAAGCAGCAGACAUUUUGGCAAAUGGACUGGCGAUGAAAGUUGGAACAAUCUUCUCUAUGUCACGGGAAAGCUUUGAUCUAAACCAACCCUUGCAUAACUACGGGGUAGAUUCCCUCAUCGCGGUAGAGCUGCGGAAUUGGUUCAUUAAAACGCUCAAAGUCGAUUUGGCUGUCUUUGAAAUCUUAGGUGGCGCUACAGCUAUGAUGUUAGGGCAAGCGGCGGCGGAGAAGAUGCGAUCAUGGACUUGA